UUGCUUAGCUUGCCAAUGGUGAAGAAUGGUCGGCAAGAGAUACAAGCAGAGCCAAUGACAUCUCCAACACCGUUAUCAUCAUCGUCAUGCAAGAAGUAUAAGGGUGUGAGAAUGAGGAGCUGGGGUUCUUGGGUGUCCGAGAUUAGGGCACCCAAUCAGAAAACCAGGAUUUGGUUAGGGUCUUAUUCAACAGCAGAAGCAGCCGCUAGAGCCUAUGAUGCUGCACUGCUAUGCCUCAAAGGUUCCUCUGCAAAUCUCAACUUCCCACUCACAUCCGCUCAUCGUUACAUCCCCGAUACCAUUAUGUCUCCUAAGUCAAUCCAAAGAGUUGCCGCCGCCGCCGCCGCUAAUAGUUUCGUUGACAAUGGCAGCAGCAGCACCACCACGCCACCAAUAUCUCCAACACCAUCAUCAUCAUCAUCAUCAUCAUCAUCAGUUUCUCCCCCAUCAAUGUCCUCUUCCCCGUUUGAUCCACCGCUUGAGCCUGUAUCCAUGAUGGAACCAUCAUGGUACAGCUCCUUUGACAGCCUGCAAUCUCAAAAGUACGUUGAUCAGAUGUUCAACUUAGCCCCAUUUGAUCCACCGGCAGUGUCGAAUAAUGAUUUUUAUGAGGAACUAGGCGAUAUUCGUCUAUGGAGUUUCUGCUAAGGCACGGCACCAUUC